ACAUCUAAUAAAAUUGUGCAAUGUCAAAGCUGGGGAUAAGGUGGUUUAGUCAUUAAGGCUUUGUAUCUCUCAUUGCAGCGGGUUUGUUGUGUGUUUUUGGAUCCUGGAAACAGAUCUGCAGAAGGUUGUUUUGGGCUUCUUGUGCUGGCAUCUGGCAACCCAAACUUUCACUUUAAGAAGGCGCGUCUACGCUGCAGUGUAGUGUUUAUUACAAUCCUUGAAGUGGCACAUGGAAACCAUAGCUUAUUCUGACAAGGUACCAGUCUAAACCUACGGAGAGUAUUGGUUCGGUUAACGGACAGAUCCACGGAGUGUAUUGCUCCAGCCUGUCUGACUGUUUUUAUUUUGUGGUGGCAGCACCUUCAGUGUUUGCGACAGCGUGAGCUCCUCACCGAGCUGCACAGCGAGCCGAGGACUCAGACGGACCGUGUUGUCGGCGGCGGUGGUGGUGAGGGACUCGGGACCAGGCGAGACAUGAAAUAGUCACCGGUGGAGCCGUCAAAGGUGAAGCACGUUGUGGCGUGAGUGAAAUGGAGACACCGCCGCUGGGGACGAGCUGCUGUGAGCGCACCUUGGCCAAACGGGAGUGACCGAGCCGUGGAAGCGUGGGGGGAUGGCAGCAUCCAGCAACUCCAGCCUGUCAGGUUCAUCUCUGUCCUCAGACCCUGAGGAUUACCAACCGCCCAUAUGGAAAUCAUACUUGUACCAGCUGCAGCAGGAAGCCCCAAGGCCAAAGAGGACCACAUGCCCUCAGGAGAUGGAGGGCAGACCCAAAUACUAUGGCAGAGAAUUUCAUGGCAUAAUUUCCAGAGAAUAUGCAGACGAGCUGCUGGCGGGAGUGGAGGGUUCUUACCUCAUCAGGGAGAGCCAGAGACAGCCAGGGACACACACCUUAGCUUUAAGGUUUGGGCACCAGACCCUCAACUACAGGUUGUUUUACGAUGGAAAGCACUUUGUCGGGGAGAAGAGGUUCGAGUCUGUCCAUGACCUCGUGACAGACGCCCUCAUCACGCUCUACAUUGAGACCAAGGCGGCAGAGUACAUCGCUAAAAUGACCACCAACCCCAUCUACGAGCAUCUGGGUUACACCUCGCUGCUGAAGGACAAGAUGGUGCACAGGCUGAGCCGCGGCCGCACAGAACCACGGAGAGUCACCUUUCAAAAAGACGAGAGGAUCUCCUCACCUCUGGUACGAAGGAGUGCCUUGAAAGACACAACGGAGAAGCAGUGCUCCUAUGAGAAGAUACACAACUUCAAGGUACACACCUUCCGAGGACCGCACUGGUGCGAGUACUGUGCCAACUUCAUGUGGGGUCUCAUUGCACAGGGUGUGCGCUGCUCAGAUUGUGGGCUGAAUGUACACAAACAGUGCUCCAAACUGGUGCCCAGCGACUGCCAGCCGGACCUGCGCAGGAUAAAGAAGGUGUUCAGCUGCGACCUCACCACACUGGUCAAAGCUCACAACACGACACGGCCCAUGGUGGUGGACAUGUGUAUUCAAGAGAUAGAGCUGAGAGGUCUGAAUUCUGAAGGUCUUUACCGAGUUUCCGGCUUCUCAGAGCACAUAGAAGACGUCAGGCUGGCCUUUGACCGAGAUGGGGAAAAGGCUGACAUCAGUGCCAGUGCCUUUGCAGACAUCAACAUCAUCACUGGUGCUUUGAAGCUCUACUUAAGAGACCUCCCCAUUCCAGUCAUCACGUUUGACUUGUACUCCAAAUUUAUUCAAGCUGCAAAAACUCCAAGUACUGAAUCCAGACUGGAGGCCAUACAUGAGAGUUUGCUGCAGCUUCCCCCAGCCCACUAUGAGACCCUACGUUACCUGAUGGCUCACCUCAAGAGGGUGACACUGUUUGAAAAGGACAAUUUAAUGAGUUCAGAGAAUUUGGGGAUUGUCUUCGGUCCAACGCUCAUGCAGCCGACAGAGCUGAAUGCCUUGACAACCCUGAAUGACAUGAGGCUGCAGAAACUCGUGGUGCAGCUCAUGAUCGAGCAUGAAGAUGACUUGUUCUGAGGACUGAGGCAUGCAGGCCUUUCUACGGACACGAAGGACAAUAAUUUAUUCAGUCAAAGAGGAAAUUCAAGCCACCUUGAUUCUAAUGAAGUCUCUGAAAAGUUUCUAAUCAUAAUGAACUUGAAACGCUUUUUUUUCUCGCAUGACUGUUUCAGUUGGAGUUUGUUCAGUGUUGACAUUGUCUUGUUGCUGUAUGUUUCCGGUUUUAUUUUUGUUCAGUCAAAACCAUCAUUUUAUCAAAGAGAUAUGAUCCAGUAUUUUAACUUUCUACAGUACUGUUCCUGCUCACUUUAAUUUGAAGACUACCUGGUGUAGACUCGGUCGUGACAGCCCUGUGUGAAAUCUGCCCCUGGCUGGUUAUCAAUCAGUGGUACUGGUGCUGUCUAAACCAACCUCACUGCAGCAUUCAAGCUAACCUCCCAUAAGACAUUUGUGAUUGACAUUGUGAUUUUAGUGGGAACGCUGUUUUGAACUUAACUGUCCAUGAAAUCAGAUCAUGUAAUGAUCACAAUGAUAACUGUGUGUACUAAAAUAUGAGACGACUGGGCGCUCAUGAAGCACUUUUUUGAAACAAGUGUACAGAUUACUUUUGUAAAGAUGUUUAUUUUUGUCUUUCGCUCUGCAUCAUGUUCUUUUGUCACAUUAAUAUAAACCGUUGAAAAGAUGUGUGUUGAAUUGAGGUCUGAAUACAAAACUGUUCACAGGAGGAAAGAAUAAGAAGAGAAAAAGUUUGUGGACAUACUGUUUUUAUUUGCACUGUGCUCAUUGUUCAAGUGAGGAAUACAACAUUGGGUCUGUAAUCGGUCUUUUAAAUUCAUGUCAUUCUGCAGACUGCAAGACAUGAAAAACAACAUGCUUGUUUUCAGUUUUGUAGUAUUUCUGUUUACAUGCUGUAAUCUAGGAAUUAUACAGGUGAAAAAUAACAUCUGUAACCCUUUUUCCUUUUCCUUUUGUUUAUGCCAGUAACAUGUCUGGGUGCAGCUGUGGUGUCCUUUCACUUCACUAAGCCAUAGGAGUGAGCAGUCACACUAGAGCUGUGCUGAGUGUGUUUCUUUUUUGGUUGAUUUAACGUGAUUUAGUAAAUACUUUCUACAGAUCCAUUCUAUCAAAAGGUAUUUUUGUGACGGUUGCAAUUCAAAUGUAAUUUAUCAAAUGAUGAUUUAUUAAAGGAGAGAAACCUUCAGUUUAAA